ACCUCCAAACAAAAUGUAAUGUCAUCAGAUGUUCAACAAAAUGUGAUUUAUUUCACUGUCGAUGCACAAAACCAGCAUUUAAAGAACAUAUUUUACAUUAUACUGAAAAGCUGCACAGGCAGCUUACACAUUGCAUGAGUAUACACUACUGUGAGGUACAUUAAGCAUGUAAUUACAUUUUUUACCCUUCUUGGAAUAUCAAAAUUUGCCAUAAAUCUCUAUUUUUAAUUCUAAAUUACAGCAUAUACAGUUUGGGAACAAAAAAACACUCAAAACAUGACAGUGGAAAACAAUGAAACAUAGCACAAAGGUGUCAGCUGACCUUUUUAUGCUUUUGCUUUAUACAAAACACAACUUAUUGGACACCAAAAGUAGCAUAACAAAUCACUCUAUCCCUACUAUACCCAUACUAACAUCUUCUCCUGACUAUAAAUUUUAUUUAUUCCUCUUUUCAGUUGUUUCAACUUUCAAUUCUUCACUGUAAUUGUUCCAUAAAUUCAGCCCUUUAUCCAAAACACAAUGACUUUACAUGAUUCCUGUAUACGGUAUUCAUGUAUAUUCUUCUCAAAGCUUUCUUGGAGUGAUUUGUUUUUGACUUAAUACAUGAUUUGUACUCUUUUAAAAUCUUUAUUACAAACAGUAGGAUACAAUCACCAUAAAAUUGAUCUUCUUCUAAUCUUGUUGCCUGACUAGUUUUAAGUGCUUCCCUCCAAAAUGUUGGGAAUAUGGUUUUUUAAAAUCAGAAAUCCAGGGAAUGUUUACAAAUAAAAUACAUUUGUCACUGCCAGAUAUUCUAAAGUGAAAAGAACCUAAAUAAACAACCAGAAACUGGCCUCCAAUAUAAACACAAAUUGUGUAAUAGGAAGUCUGUGUAAGUCUGCUCUGGCAUCUCUAUAAACUUCAGCCCUUCCCAUUACCUUUAAAGGAGUGUGUACCCUGAACUAAAUAUGGAAAUGCACUUUCACAGGAUUUCGAAGAAUGUCCCAGCCUCACAGUCCACUUUGAUGAUGCGAGUCUUUUGCAGUUCGUCACUGGUACCCCUCGCUGCAAGACUGUGAGUCCAGCCUCUUUGCACUGGGAUUGAUGCCUCCAGUGGCUUUUUGGUGAGCGGGGCGCGACAGGACAGCAGGACGUCAGCUUCGGCCCACAGGAAUACUCGGCUUCUCACCUCAGCAGAGAAAUCACACGACAUCCUGACUGAAAACAAAAGGAUUUACUUGCUAACACCAUCGCCGUCUCCGAAGAAGCCAACCUUCACUGUUCUUCUCCACGGGUGUAGCAAGUUUUUGAGGCAAUCAUGUCCAGGAGAAAGGUGAGAGGCCUGACCCGUACGGGCCGCCAGGUCAGCGAGGACCCGGACCUGGACAACCUGCUGUCAACUCUGUCCCCCGAGGAGGUGGAGCAGCUGGAGAAGGACAUGAUGAAGGUGCCAGACCUCAACCCAGAAGAUGGGAAGAUCAUCUUCCAAGGGGACGGUCAACCCGGCCAGCCGCCCAUCAGCAACAAUGUCCGGGACGCGACAACGCGAAGUGAUGCCAAAGGGAGGCUCAGUCAGAGGGAACAGUCGUUUGAGGGUGAGCCAAAGAAACAGAGCCGGAAGCAGGAAUACCUGAGGAAGAUGGGCCUCAGCCAGGAGGGGAACGACGACGUGAAAGGAGGAGCGCAAAAACAAGCUGGUGUCUCAAGUGAAAGCGAUGUCAAGGUGGAAGACAGAAACAGCAAAGGCCCUGAAAGUUCGAAAGAGGAGCGAAGUUGGAGAUCGAGUCGAAACUGGAGGCAGGAGAGCAAGGAGAGCGAGACCAACGAAAAGGAGAAAUGUGACGACAACAGGUUAAGAGACAGAAGAGAAAACAGAGAGAGCACUGGGAGCAAAACGAAGGAUAUGAUCUCCAAGCUGCAAGAAAAAAAAGAUGACAGCAAAGAGAAGGAAAGGAAAGAAGACUGCAGGAAAAGAGACGACAGCAAAACCAAAGACAUAAUCUCAAAGCUAAGAGAAAAAAGCGAGAAGGAUGCGGGCAAGGAAAGGGAGAGGAAAUCUGAGGGUAUCAGGACGCAAGGGCUGGUCUCUAAAAUGCUUGAGAAGCAGAGCAAGGCAUCAGAAAGCCAGGCUCAAGAGAGUAAAUCAGAGGAGACGAAGCCUAAGGAAGAGGAGAAAAAAGCUGAAGACAAAAAGAAACUCCAGCGACAACCAUCCGAGAAGGGUGAGGUGCACGUGAAACAUGACAAGGCAGAGAAAAGAACAGAUAGAGAGGAGCUGGUUAACCACAGCGACCAUGUCAAAGAGAAAGAUAAGAAGAUAGGCAACGAGAAGAAAGUCGAGGAGAAAAAAGGGAAAGAGGAAGACAGGAAAGUUAAAAACGCUGCUGAAACUGAGAAGCUUGGAAACUGCGUGGCCAAAAACAGCCCCAAGAGCAAGGCGAAGGAGCAAACGGAAGAGGACGAAGACUCGAGCAUGUUUGAUGAGCUGAUGCAGCAGGUUCGAAGCAACGACCCCACCCUCACUGAGCUCAAUGUCAACAACUCAGAAGUCAUCAAAACCAAAACACUCAUCGAGUUCGCAGAGGCUUUGCACAACAACACCCACAUUAAGGCGGUUGCGCUGGCUAACUGCCGUGCCGACGACCACGUAGCGUACGCCAUCGCCGGCACACUACGGAGCAACAAGACCAUCACCAGCAUCAACCUGGACUCCAACCAUCUCACUGGCAAGGGCAUCCUGUCUCUUAUCCAGGCGCUGCAGCACAACGCCACGCUGACCGAGCUCCGAUUCCAAAACCAGCGCCACAUCUGCGGAGGGAAGACUGAGAUGGAGAUGACCAAGAUCCUGAAAGAAAACACCACCCUGCUCAAGCUGGGCUACCACUUUGAGUUAGCAGGACCCAGGAUGACCACAACGAACAUACUGAGUCGCAACAUGGACAGACAGAGGCAAAAGCGCCUGCUGGAGCAGAAGCAGGCCCAGGCCAACGGGGAGAAGAAGGGGACAUUGGACGUACCCAAACCUGGAGGUGGAGGAUCUCUGAGGAACUCACCCAAGGCUUCCCCUAAACCCUCCCCCAUUCCUUCACCCAUGCCUUCACCAAAGCUGACUCCCAGAAGAGGAGCUGGGGGUCCACCGCCACCUCCACCUCCUCCUGGGGGUGGACCUCCACCUCCUCCACCCCCUAUGCUGGAUGGCGACCGCUCAGGUGGCAGUAAGAACUCAAGGGACCAACUGCUCGCCUCGAUCAGAGGAAGCAAUAUUAAACAACUGAAGAAGGUGCCGGUGCCAAAGUGGCUGCAGUAAUAGUUCCUGUUGGAAUAUAAAGUGACAAAGAAGAGCGAGGGAGAACGGACAUCUCACCAGGUUCAGGUUUUCUACAAGAUAAACUCGACAUCCCUACGGCCGCUUGGAGAGCUGUGCUGUGGGACUGACGGAGAAAGUGAAACAUGAGAUGGUUGGAUGACUAGCCCUCACUAUGAGUUCUCCCCUCAAAACACUGGACCAAAAGGACUCUGUGGAGAAUGAGUGAUGCAGGGCUCUCUAUAAGAGAGAGCGCCUUGAGUUAGUGGCUGUUUGUCUUACGCUCAUACUGACGCUUUGCUGGUUAUUUGCACUAGAUAAUAUGAAGCCGAUCAUAUAACAUGUUGGCUUGUAUAAUGCAUCUGAAUGUGAGCGUGGUGGAAGAGUGCUUAAUGAGAGAUUCAAAUAACUCUUUAUAAAAAUUAUUAUAUACAAAAAUCUAUCAUUGAUAUAGUGAACAUUAAUUUGACCAUUUAUUUAUUUGUGGAGAGGGAAUCCACCUUAUAUGUGUCAGUUGUAAAUCUGUUCAAACUGGGAAUUUUGAAAUGGCAGAAAUAUCAGGGAAUUAACUAACAUGGCGGCCUGACUUAAGAAAAUCUGGGUAAGACAAAAACAAAAAGGUCAAGUUGGUCUUUGAUUGUGCGUCUCAUUGUCAAAUCUCAAGACAUCUCAGGCAGGUUUGGAAAGCAGCCCAGUGGAAUCCUGGUGCGUGACGAAGGAUUUUUAGCAUGGAAAUAAUUACAUAAUGCAUUUUUUUCAGGAAGUGCAAAUGGCUGUCCUUCAGUAUCUGAUGUUGUGUUUUGUACAGAAUCAUUCUAGCCUGGGUGUUUGACCAUCUUACUUAACUUUUGUGUAAUUCAGCUACAUGUCUUAACCGUCGGGGGGGGGGGGGGGACCAGGCCUAAAGCAACCCUCUGGGUGAUUCAUGCCAUACUUUUAAGUGAAUGUCAUUCCUAAAGGAAGUUCAUUGUGAUAAACAAAAAUCAGAGUGGUGCAAUGAAGGACACACGUCUUGUUACACAUGUCUUUCUUACAGAGCCUGUAUGUCUUCAAUAAAAGAUCCUGUUAUGUUUGCA